GGAUGCACAAUGCGAAUGGCUCUUGAAGAAGAAGCAGCAGAGGGAGGAAUUUCAACAAAUUACCGAGGAAAAAGGCAAGAAACGGGCGAAGAAAGCAGUGUGUGUGCAUUGGCAAGUGCAUAACUCCUCACCACACACACGCACACGCACCGACAUCGCAGGGAGCACACACACAAGCCCCAAACAGGACCGAGGUGACCAGGACAAAAACCCCAGCUUAGAUGAUGAGCAGCAGAACGCAGGACGCGGACGGUGCCUCGAUCAGAUUCAGCGACCACACACUGGACAAGGCCACCAAGGCCAAGGUGACGUUGGAGAACUACUACAGCAACCUGGUGACGCAGUAUGGCGAGCGAAAGCAGCGCCUUGCAAAGCUGGAGGCGCAGCUGAAGGACGAGAGCCUGUCGGAGGCGCAGCGCCAGGAGAAGCGUCUGCAGCAUGCCCAAAAGGAGACGGAGUAUCUCCGGCUGAAGCGAUUGCGCCUUGGUGUGGAGGAUUUUGAGGCCCUCAAAGUCAUCGGACGCGGCGCGUUCGGUGAAGUGCGUCUGGUGCAGAAAAAGGACACGGGACAUGUGUACGCCAUGAAGGUGCUGCGCAAAGCGGACAUGCUGGAAAAGGAGCAGGUGGCACACGUACGCGCCGAGCGCGAUGUCCUGGUGGAGGCCGAUCAUCAGUGGGUGGUCAAGAUGUACUACAGUUUCCAGGAUCCCGUCAAUUUAUAUUUAAUAAUGGAGUUCUUGCCUGGUGGUGAUAUGAUGACGCUUUUGAUGAAGAAGGACACGCUAUCCGAGGAGGGCACACAGUUCUAUAUCAGUGAGACGGCAUUGGCGAUCGAUUCUAUUCACAAACUCGGUUUCAUACACAGGGAUAUCAAGCCCGAUAACUUGCUGCUGGAUGCGCGAGGGCAUCUGAAGCUCUCCGACUUCGGACUGUGCACUGGCUUAAAGAAGUCGCAUCGAACAGACUUUUAUCGGGACUUGUCGCAGGCGAAACCAUCCGAUUUUAUUGGCACUUGUGCCAGCUUGUCCUGCAGUCCGAUGGACUCCAAGCGACGUGCCGAGUCGUGGAAGCGAAAUCGACGCGCCCUCGCCUACAGCACCGUGGGAACGCCGGACUAUAUUGCUCCCGAAGUAUUCCUGCAGACUGGCUACGGACCCGCCUGCGACUGGUGGUCCCUGGGAGUCAUCAUGUACGAAAUGCUGAUGGGCUAUCCUCCGUUCUGCUCGGACAAUCCCCAGGAUACCUACCGCAAGGUGAUGAACUGGCGCGAGACGCUGAUAUUUCCCCCAGAGAUCCCCAUAUCGGAGGAGGCCAAGGAGACGAUCAUCAACUUCUGCUGCGAGGCCGAUCGCCGGCUGGGUUCCCAGCGCGGUCUCGAGGAUCUGAAGUCCGUGCCGUUCUUCCGGGGAGUUGACUGGGAGCACAUACGUGAGCGUCCCGCGGCCAUACCCGUUGAAGUGCGCUCAAUCGACGAUACGUCCAACUUCGACGAGUUUCCCGAUGUGUCGCUGGAGAUACCAUCGGCGCCCAUACCGCAGGGCGGUGAGAUUGCGAAGGACUGGGUCUUUAUCAACUACACGUACAAGAGAUUCGAGGUGCGAAAUUUGGAGUGAAUCCAGCAGAGCAGAAACUGGAGCUGGAGCAGGAGCAGUAGCAGUAGCAGCUUGAAGGUUGCCGCACUUUGCCACCCAUUUUAUCACCACCACAGCCGUCGUCUCUCUAACACCAUCACCACCAAGAGCAUUCUCCACGCUAAACGAAAUCCCCGAUUUUCCUUUUUGAAUGUCUUACCUACAUGUGUAUUUAAAUACUAGCUAACAUUUGUGAUUCCAAACAAAAGAAGAAUAUGAUAACGCGAACAAACGAUGUAUUGUAUGUAAAAAAGUCUUUCUUAGAGCGUCGCCCGCGCCUCGGGCUAGGUUAAACGCUAUACUAAUCCUCAAAUGUCCUUCCAUUGGCUUUGUUCAAUCCCUAAUCCCGAUCUUAACCGUUUAAACGUUGUGUUUGUAAACCAGUUCCCCAUAUUAGGGACCCAUUCGGCAAUUCUUUAUAUAUAUAUAUAUUGUUUACUUAUUGGGCAGCAGCGAAAUACCCAUAAAUUUAUUAUUUAGCAAAUUAAAAAUGUUAUAACUUUUAGGCACGUUAAUUGUACGUAUAUGUUUUGUAUCAACUUAUUAUGAAACAAAGUCUUAAUACUUAGUGAACCCCACACACAAAACCGAAUCCGAAAAUCUAUCACACAAAUUAGUUACUAAUGCCAAUAGCAACAAACGCUAAUCUAGACAGCAGAAUAAACAAAAGUAUGUUUAAAUAUCGGUUUCGUUCUAUGUGCACCAGCCCCACACCACCCCGCCCCACCCACAACCCGCGCCCACGGACACGAAUAUAGAUUUAAAAACAUUCUACUUUCCGCUGGAGUUUUGAGUUCCAAGUAAUUGUAGUUUGAGCAAAAGUGAAUUAUUGAACAAGUUACCGAGUUACCGCUGGCAA